AUGCUCGGUGAGAGCGGCGUGGACGCCGGUGGCCUCCAGCGCGAAUGGUACAGCCUCGUUCUUGCGGCAGUCUUAGCGCCGUCGGCCGGGCUCUUUUGCAUCAACCACAAGGACGACGGUGCGUACAUGAUCGACCAUAACACGAGCCUCGAGCCGACCAACUUAACACUUUUUCGCGCCGUGGGUCGUCUCUUGGCGCGGGCGAUGCUCGACGGUCAAGUGCUUCCGCAGCCGCUCUGCGUGCCGCUGCUCAAAGCACUGGUGGGCGCACCGCUCUCGGUUGCCGACAUUGCGUAUCUCGAUCCAACGACAUCCGCCAGUUUGCACUACAUUGCGACAGCGUCCUCCGUCGACGACCUCUGCUUGGACUUUACCGUCGCCCGUGGCAAGACCGACCUCGUGCCGCUGCUGCCCAACGGCCAAGACAUACCCGUGACGCUAUCCAACCGCGCCGCCUACGUGGACUGUAUGGUCCAGUACCUCUUGUUCGACCGUGUCCAGCAGCCCCUAACCUCGCUCUUGCAUGGCUUCAACGAGGUCAUGCCAGCCGACUUGGUUCUACCGUUCGACUACCAAGAGCUUGGCCUCUUGGUCGCUGGUUCGGCGGCCGACCUUGACGUAGACGAUUGGAAGCGCCACACCAAGAUGGCGCUAGCGCACGCUGCGACCACCAGCGCCACGUGGUUUUGGGAGCUCUUGCGCGACAUGACGCCGACGCAGCGCCGCCACUUGCUGCAGUUCACGACGGGCUCGUCGCGCGUGCCCAUCCAGGGCUUUCAAGGCCUCACAAGCUUUGACGGUCGUCUCUGUCCGUUUACCGUCGAGGCGAUUCCGUUCACGCGCGGCGUCUUUCCGCGGGCCCACGCAUGCUUCAACCGCAUCGACUUGCCACUGUACCCGACUAAAGAGUUGAUGCGAGACGGUCUCCACGCGCUUGCACAGCUCGAACAUGCCGAAUUUACCAUCGUCUAG